GGGGGCGGGGCGCGCCGGGCGCGGUCACGUGUGGACACAGGCCCGCGCGGCGUGCGCGCCCAGAGCCUCCCCAGCCCCGCCGCCGUGCGCCCCGCGGCGACCGCGCGGCCCUGCGAGCCGCCCGCCAUGUGGAGCUGCGGCCCGCUCAACGGCAGCGGCGGCGAGGACCAGCUCCUGUGCCAGCACGCCCAGCGAGCCCUGCCGGCCCUGUCCCUGCUCUACCUGCUGGUCGGCGUCCCGCUGGGCCUCGGCUACAACGCCCUGCUGCUGCUGGUCAACCUGCACGACCCGGCUGGCAUGACCAUGCCCGACGUCUACUUCGCCAACAUGGCUGUGGCCGGCCUGGUCCUCGGCGCCCUGGCGCCCGCGCACCUGCUGGGCCCCGGCGCCUCCGGCUGGGCCGUGUGGGACCUGGGCAGCGAGGUCCGCGUCACGCUGCUCGUGCUGUUCAACGUGUCGGCGCUGGUGGCCCUGUACUCCACGGCGCUGCUCGGCCUGGACUGCUACAUCGAGCGGGCCCUGCCCCGCUCCUACAUGUCCAGCGUCUACAACACGCGGCACGUGUGCGGCUUCGUCUGGGGCGGCGCCCUGCUCGCCAGCUUCUCCUCGCUGCUCUCCUACAUCUGCAGCCACGUGGCAGCCAGGGUGGCCGAGUGCUCCCGGAUGCAGGACGCCCAGGCUGCCGACGCCAUCCUGGUGCUCAUCGGCUACCUGGUGCCCGCCCUGGCUGCGCUCUACGCGCUCGUGCUCAUCGCACGGGUCCGGAAGCAGGCCACGCCACUCGACCAGGAUGCGGGCGGGCUGGACCCCGCGGCGCACAGGCUCCUGGUGGCCACCGUGUGCACGCAGUUUGGGCUCUGGACGCCUCACUACCUGACGCUCCUGGGGCGCACGGUCCUGGCCGCCAGGGGGAAGCCUGUGGACGGGCAGCAUCUGGGGGUGCUGCUCUUGGCCAGGGACCUGUCCAGGCUCCUGGCCUUCUGCAGCAGCUCCACCCUGCCCCUUCUCUACCGCUACAUCAACAGAAGCUUCCCCGGUAAACUCCAGCGGCUCCUGAAGAAGAUGCACCGUGGCCACCGGAGCUGCUCUUUGGACCAGGCGGGGGCACCGCCCGUGACGGCCUAGACGGCUGCCCCUGGGCUGCGGCCAGCAGAUGGCACAGGGCUGGCGGCAAGGCCCACGGUGACCAGGCCGCCCAGGCCCCCGCCCCCGCUCCCGCUCCCUGGGCGGGCGGUGAGGCGAGAACAGAGCUGUAAGAGGCGUCCUCCCUGAAGGCCACGCUCAGGCCAAGGCCACUGUGUCCGAGCGGCAGGUGCGAGUGGUCGGGACGCCCCUCGGCCGCGGGGUGUGAGCUCACCUCCUGUGACACGCGCACCUUUCAGUCCACGCCCUCGACAGCCCGCCUCCCGCAGCCUCGAAUGAAGUCGUGAGAGCUCACACCGCUGCCGACACAGGCCCGUUCACACACCCGCUCCCUCCCUCCUACUUGAGGCCUCGUGGAGGGAGGCGUCCGUCCGGUAGGAGAGCCGCGAGGUGUGAAAGCCUCGAGACGAGACGGCGCGCACACGGGCCACGGGCUGUGUUGACCGCUGAGCCCGUUCCCGCCCCAGCUGCCGCCGCGUCACGGAGGGUCUGUCCCAAGCCUGUCUCCACGGUGCACACGGCGUGUCCACAGACUGAAGGAAGAAAGCCACUGCUGGGACCCCUAACCCCAUACGAAAGCUGAGGGCGGUGACGUGUCUGGUCGGGGCGGGGCCCACGGGCGGUUCCUGCCUCCGGAACAGAUGGAGAUGAAGGCGCGUGGCCCUGAAGGUGCACACGGGGGGGCACGGGGCACAGGGCCUUCCCUCCCGCCCGCCGUGUCCGAGCCCAGCCGGGCGUCCCCCCUGCCCUGACCAGCCCCAUGGACCCUUCCAUGGCCGGCAGGUGCUAUAAACAGCGACUUGAAAGACGUUCCCUUCCUCCGCCCGCAAGUCUUUUUGCUUCUUCGUUUCUCUUUUCAGGGCCGCACCCGAGGCAUACAGAGGUUCCCAGGCGAGGGAUCGAAUCGGCGCUGCAGCCACUGGCCUACACCACAGCCAAGCAACGCAGGAUCCAAGCCGCGUCUGCGACCCACACCACAGCUCACAGCCAGGCCAGGGAUCAAACCCACAACCUCGUGGUUCCCGGUCAGAUUCGUUUCCGCUGCGCCACGACGGGACCGCCCACCCCAGGUCAUUACGAUGAGGGGACAGGCCCACAACCCUCUGGUCCUCGAUUCUGAAACCCCGAAAAGCCCUACAAAGAUUUGUUUUUCAUCGUGCAGCAAAGACACAAGGGUACCUUUCUGAGGAAAGAGGGGGAUGGUGGGGCAGCGGCCGAGCCCCGACGUGGUUCUGCGGCAUAGUUGGCACGGCGCGGUCAGCUCUGACCCUCAGCCAGGCCGCGAGGAGAGCGAGGCUCUUUGCUGAGACGUCCUGCCGGGAGCUCGCCCGGCCGAGGGCAGAGGCUGGGGAAGCAGCCCCGGAGUCAGCUGCGUUACUUCUACAGGCAGCGUCUCCCCUCCGGGAGGCAGCGUCUCGUGAGCACACGGACCCGCGGCCCCACGUGAACUCGGACAGAUGGAUCCCCUGCAGGAAACCCGGGUGGGGGGCGGGGGGAGGGCCUGGGAGGCUUCUGGGCUCCUGCCCCUCAGGGGCUGUUCCUCCCUCCCCGAGGCACCUGCCCCCGGGCAGCGUCUGAGGACUCACAGCCGGGCUGGGGGGCGGGCGGGAGGUCCGGGCACAGCAGCCCUCAGGGCCGCUCACCUCGGACCAGGCCCGCUCUCAGCCGGAGAGCCCGCACUGCCACUCGGGUCCAGGGAACGGGCGGGUGCGCAGGCCAGCGGUGGCGGGGUUAAAAUAAAAGGAUCUGGCCUCAUCUUUCUCCUCUGCUGCAGGACCAAGGGCUCCGGGGAAGAGGCUGAGGCCCUGAGGCCCUGCAUCCCUCCGCCCAGCUCGUCCUCCCCAGACAGUGGAGGGGCCUAAAACCCCUUUUCAGUGUCUCAGUGGCUUCGGAUGCAAGUUCACUGUCUCUGGGGGCCUCCUGAGGUGGCGGGGUCGGGGUGGGGGGCAGCCACGCAUUUCUCUGUCCCUUCCCACCCCAGCGUCCACGUCUGCCGGGAACGAGGGCCUUGCGGUCAUGCUGGCCACCUGGUCUGCCCUCGCGGCCAGGGUCUCGGGCACAGGCCCCGACCCCGUGUGAGGAGCAAGCCCGCCUCCGCCCUGGCCGCUGGCACCACACAACACAGAACCUACCUUCCGUGGACAUGCACUUGGCGAUGUCGUGAAUUUGCCUGGCUCCCCUCUCCCUGCCCCUGUGUCGCAUUCCCCGUCUCUGCCCUAUCGCCAAAAAAAGUAAUGAAUUUUGAGAUGUUUACAAGAAAGUGAGCAGCUACUGGAAAAUGCCAGUAGCUUGUUUUUUAAAUUGGAGUUCCCGUCGUGGCGCAGUGGUGAACGAAUGCGACUAGGAACCACGAGGUGGCGGGUUCGAUCCCUGGCCUUGCUCAGUGGGUUAACGACCCGGCGUUGCCCUGAGCUGGGGUGUAGGUCGCAGACGCGGCUCGGAUCCCGCGUUGCUGUGGCUCUGGCGUAGGCCGGCGGCUGCAGCUCCGAUUCGCCCCCUAGCCUGGGAACCUCCAUAUGCUGUGGGAGGGGCCCAAGAAAUGGCAAACACACACACACACACACACACACACACACACACACACACACACACACACACACAAAACCUUGUUUUUUAAAUUGACCAAUCCUGUAUUUCUCAAGUGUGUUCCCAAGAUACCAGGAUGUAAAUUUCACCUAAUGUUCCAAGGUUGUUAAUUCUAUUACUGACACUUCUUGACUA